AUGCCGUCGGUUUCGAAAGCCGCGGCGGCUGCGGCGCUUAGCGGGUCCCCCCCGCAGACAGAGAAGCCGACGCACUACAGGUAUCUAAAGGAGUUUAGGACAGAGCAGUGCUCCCUGUUUUUGCAGCACAAGUGCACCCAGCACAGGCCAUUUACCUGUUUCCAUUGGCAUUUCCUAAAUCAGCGUCGGCGCAGACCCCUCCGCAGGCGCGAUGGCACCUUCAACUACAGCCCGGACGUGUACUGUUCCAAGUACGACGAGGCCACCGGCGUGUGCCCGGACGGCGACGAAUGUCCCUACCUGCACCGGACGACCGGGGACACGGAGCGCAAGUACCACCUGCGCUACUACAAGACAGGCACCUGCAUCCACGAGACGGACACGCGGGGCCACUGCGUAAAGAAUGGGCUGCACUGCGCCUUUGCACACGGCCCCCUGGACCUGCGACCGCCUGUGUGUGAUGUCAGGGAACUGCAGGCCCAGGAAGCCCUGCAGAACGGCCAGCUCAGCAGUGGGGACGGUGUUCCUGACCUGCAACCUGGGGUCUUGGCCAGCCAGGCCAUGAUUGAGAAGAUUGUGGGAGAGGACCCCCGGUGGCAAGACACCAACUUCGUGCUGGGCAGCUACAAGACUGAGCAGUGCCCGAAGCCACCGCGCCUGUGCCGCCAGGGCUAUGCAUGUCCGCACUACCACAACAGCAGGGACAGGCGGCGGGACCCCAGGAAGUUCCAGUACAGGUCUACGCCCUGCCCCAGCGUGAAGCAUGGUGACGAGUGGGGGGAGCCCUCGCGGUGCAGCGGUGGGGAUGGCUGCCAGUACUGCCACUCCCGCACGGAGCAGCAGUUCCACCCCGAGAUCUACAAAUCUACAAAAUGCAAUGACAUGCGCCAAACCGGUUACUGCCCGCGGGGCCCCUUCUGUGCCUUUGCACAUGUUGAAAAGAGCCUGGGGAUGGUGAAUGACUGGGGCUGCCGCGAUCUCAACUCCACCAACAGCACCACGGCCAACAGCGCCCAGCCUGGAAACGCAAAGCGGAGAGAUUCACCCGCGGAAGGCAGCCAGAGAGCCUGUGAGCACGACGGCAAGCAGAACCACCUUGCUGUGUUCGCAGUGGUCCACCCACUGGCCCCCAGCGUUGGCUCCAGCGUGGCAUCCAGCCUGGCAUCCAGUGCCGGCUCAAGGAGCUCGUCCCCCACCGCUCUGCCCACACUUCCUGCUCGCGCCCUCCCGCUCGACCCUGCUGGCAACACCGUUGAGGUGGUCCUGGGUUCUGCUUUAGAUUUGCAUCUUGGUGACAUAAAUAUUGCAUCCCUAGAUAAAGACCUGGAGGAGCAGGACAGCCGUGACCUCGGAGGGUCAGGUUCCCGGUCGCUGGCUGGCUCGGCACCUGUCACCAUCCCAGGCUCUCUGCCCCGCUCCCCGUCCUUGCACUCAUCCUCAUCCCUGUCCACCUCCCCGCUCAGCUCGCUAUCCCAGUCACUGUCAGGGCCACUUGUCUCCACGGCCAUGACGCCCCCCCAGCAGCCGCCGCCCCUCAGGUCGGAGCCGGGCACUCUGGGCUCCUCAGCCUCGUCCUACAGCUCCCUAGGCUUGAACGGUGUCCCUGGGAGCAUCUGGGACUUUGUUUCUGGCAGCUUCUCUCCCAGCCCGUCCCCCAUCCUGAAUGCAGGCCCCACACCCUCAAGUGCAAGUCCAAAUGGUGCUGAACUGGCACGGGUCAGGCGGCAGCUGGAUGAGGCCAGGAGGAGGAUUAGGCAAUGGGAGGAGUCCUGGCAGCAGGUGAAGCAGGCCUGUGACGCAUGGCAACGAGAGGCUCAGGAGGCCAAGGAGCGCGCCCGUGUAGCAGACAGCGACCGGCAGCUGGCACUGCAGAGGAAGGAGGAGGUGGAGGCCCAGGUGAAACAGCUGCAGGAGGAACUCGAGGGCCUGGGCCUAUCAUCCUCACUGUCUGGGCUGCGGAGCUGUGGUGACAUCGGCACCAUCCCUCUGUCCAAGCUGCACUCCCUGCAGAGCCAGCUGCGCCUGGAUUUGGAAGCUGUGGACGGGGUGAUCUUCCAGCUCCGCGCCAAGCAGUGUGUGGCUUGCCAGGAGCAGCCCCGUGGCGCCACACUGCAGCCCUGCCAGCACCGGGUUCUCUGUGAGCCAUGUGCAGCUGGUGCACCUGAGUGCCCCUACUGCAAGAGCCAGCCCCUGCAGUGGUGACCCGCAGCCGGAGGCCAUGCCCGCCUCCUGGUGAGCAUUGCCUGGGGAGUCUAGCCCUGCUCAUGAAGACGCAGCAUCGUUGUUCAACCUGGUGCCACCGAUAGGACCGCGCUGUGGGCUCAUGCCCACUCCUGACCUGACAGCCCUUUGUAUUACGUAUGUUUAUCUACUGUGUUCUACCGAGAGUUUCAAGGUAUUCUCCUGAAAGAUGGCAACAGCAAACCCACAGACAAAGCUGUCUAUCUCUGCAGGGCUCAUGGUGCGCGAUCUGGGUGGGCAGAGUCAGCAGGCAGUAUAAUCACACCAGUUUGCAAUCCUGACUCUACUGUGACCGGGCCACUGGGAGUUGGGGUCUCGUCAAAAGCACUUUGUACACCAAGAACUUUAGUUAGACAUUAUAAAUUGCUAUAAGCUGCUUCCUAGGUUCAUGUUUUUUAAUAUGCGACAAUAUGAAGCUUUAUAUAUGUGUACUGUGAACUUAAAA